AAAAUAUGGCGAUCACUUAACUAAAUGACUUCCCGUCGUUAGACGAUGUUUUGAACAAGUUUUCCGCUCAAAAACAACCAAAAAACAAGUCAAAUGCAAAGAGCAUAGAACGAAGUACAUCCUUGAGGGUUAUUUUUAUGGAAUUUAUUGAGUAAUUUGGUAGAAAAACGACGCAUUCUUGGGCAGUUUUGUUGGACUUCUGUUGGACGUCUCGGGAGCGGUCAAGAUUUGUCUUCCAAAACGUUGCUUUUCUGCUUGAAAUCUAACGAAAAGACGUCUCGAAAAGUAACGGAGCUUUGAUUGUACUAUAUUCAGCUGUUUCUAUUGUUUUAAAUUACAAAAAGCGGUAAUUUUGUAACAAUUUAAAAGCAAACGGUUCUUGUCCACUCUUCUUGUCCUGCAUCGAGACAUGGACGAAGAAGACGAUCUACAGGCUGAUUCCCCUCCAAAAUUCGUAGAAGAGAUCGAUGUUAAUGAGCUUGGUGUUUUAGAGAAUGUUGGAAGAGGUGCAUUUGGUGUAGUAUAUAAAGCAUUAUGGAGAAGCAAAUUUGUUGUGGCUGUGAAAACCAUUGAAGGAGAAGCAGAGAAGAAAGCUUUUCUUGUAGAGGUUGAGCAACUGUCAAGAGUGAAACAUGAAAAUAUUAUUAAAUUAUAUGGAGCUGUCACCACACAGGAACCAGUUUGUCUUGUCAUGGAGUAUGCAGAAGGUGGAUCACUUUAUAACUUACUCCAUUGGCAAAAGAGUAGUCCUGCUCCAAUAUACACCGCUUCGCACGUAAUAAGCUGGGCCUUACAAUGCGCAAGAGGAGUAGAGUACCUCCAUGGUAUGAAACCAAAGGCUAUUAUCCAUCGUGACCUCAAACCACCAAAUCUGUUGCUGACAAAGUGCGGCACAGUGUUAAAGAUCUGUGAUUUUGGGACAGCGUGUGAUCUGAAGACCUACAUGACCAACAAUAAGGGAAGUGCCGCAUGGAUGGCACCAGAAGUGUUUGAAGGGACCAACUACACAGAGAAAUGUGAUGUCUAUAGUUUUGGGAUCAUCCUCUGGGAAAUGAUAUCACGUCAUAAACCCUUUGAAGACAUGGCAGGUUCUCCUCCCUUCAGAAUAAUGUGGGCUGUACACAGUGGUAAAAGGCCACCUCUUAUCAAAGGAAUUCCAAAGCCUAUAGAAAAUCUAAUGACAAUGAGCUGGGAUAAAGAUCCUCAGAAAAGACCAUCCUUUAGCCAAAUAGUGGUAUUUCUUCGACAUCUGAUGCAGUUUUUCCUCGGUGCAGAUACCUGCCUCGUUUUCCCUCCAGGAUCACCUGCAGCUGAAACAACCCCAGAAAGUGCUAACCCAACACAAACCACAGCAACUUCCAAAACACAUGAUAGCAACUUAAGUGACACAGUCAUUCACAACGAAAUUCAAAAUGUCGAAGAAGACAAUGAGGAUGGAGAGGAGACCAAUGAUGUGGAGAAGGAAGAGAGUGAAUCAGAAAAAAAAUUGGAGACACCAAGGGAUACGAGUCAAGAACCACCCCAUCUAGAGGUCCAAGAGGCUGAAGAGAAUAAGAGUGGUGGGCAGUUAAUACCUGAAUCGCCAGAACCAAGGGUCUUUUUAGGGAGUGAUUUGGUCAAGUUUGGUAAACUCCAAGGAAGGGCUGUCAGCCCAUUACCAGGUAAUCUACAGUCGGUCAAGUUUCCUACAAGUCCAGAACAAUUUCCAGUAAUUUCGGCAUCAAAGAAUGGGAAGCAGGCUAGUUUGAAGGACGUUACCACAAGUUCAGGAAAAAGUGCUUUUGGGAAGCCUUCCUUACAGGGUGUCACUGCAGGAAGCACUACUCAGGAGUUUGACACAAGGCCGAAAGUGACUACUCAGGGAUCUCCCACAGACUCUGUAAUGAAUAUUCAGACUCCAGUCUCGAGUGCCAAGAUGCAUUUUCCUAGUAGUCAGGGAUAUAAUCCAAGACGUGAAGGGCAUCCUGUUCUUAGCCAGAGGUACCCUCCACACAGCCAAGCCUACCCUCCCAGUACUCAGGUGUAUUCUCAUGGUAACCAAGGUUACCCCCCAAGUGGUCAUGGUUAUACUCAUGGUAGCCAGGGAUAUCCUCCGAGUAGUAUGGGGCAUCCUACUACCAAAGAUUACCGUCCUGGCUACUUCCACACCCUUAGUAGUCAAGGGUUCUCGACAGGUGGCCAGGACUUUAUUGAAGUAUAUCCCCACCAUGGUUACCAUGGUGAUGAUCAUCUAUUGGGGCGCACAGUCAUGUCAUCCAGCAUUAAUGAUCUUGAUCACGCGGAGCACCACAGGCCACCCAUACCAGACCAGUCAUUCACCCACAACUUUGGUGGGAGCAUGCCGAACAUAUCUGAAUCAGUCYGCAAGGAGUUGCACCCACAAAACAUGCCGUUAAACCCCAUUUUACCAGACRACAGCUUUGAAUUUCAAAGAGCAGGUGCCAACAGGGUUUUCAUCAAUCACCACGGCCGAACACCCACAUAUACUGGAUUCAGCCCUAUAGUCCCAGGCACACCCAGUAACACCCCAGUACAUUUAAACAAAAUGGUUGAUGACCGAUUAAACCUAGAACAAGUUGGCAAAGCCCUACAGGAUGAUCUUAUAAACGCGGCAGGACUUCAAGGCUCACAAGAGUCUUCAAGUGGAAAGUCGACUCCAACAAAUUGGCCCAAGUCACCAAACUCGGGAAGCUCUAGUCCGGGUUCCACCACAGGGAGUCCAUACUUUGAGCGGCGUAAGAUUAGUGAGCCCAAUAGAACUGUUCCUUAUCAUGAUCAAAGGCAUGGAGUUGGUAUGAACAGAUCAGUGUCAAGUCCUACUGGGUAUUUAGCUCAACGAAAGACAAGUUUUGAGAAGCCACAAGCGGUUACAGCAUAUCAACUUUUAGACCAUCAUUUACAACCUAUUCAUCCAAAUCCUGCUA